AUGUCGAGCAACAACGAUGCUACGUCAUCUCCUCCGUUCCACUGUUUGGAUUUUAAAACCCUAGCCAUAUCGAGCAACAACGAUGCUACGUCAUCAUCUCUUCAAAACUAUGGCGAAAUAUUCACCAGUCAAAAUAAAUGGUUUGUUGACGAUACCAAUGUCUAUCAUGUCACAGUUAACAAUUUGUUCGAGGGAAAUUUAACAACUACGCCGACCAAUGGUGCAGUUUUUAUUUUAAAUCCAAGAACUGGACAUCUGUUCCUCAAGGUUAUCCACGCAAGUGUUUGGGCCGGUCAGAAGCUCCUCGGCCAGGUGGCGAACCGGAUAACUGCUGAAGAGGUUGCUGCACUUGUGAGGACUCUCCCCGUUGAAGAAGAGCCGAAACAAAUCAUUGUUACUCGUAACAGAAUGUUGGAUCAACUUGAGGAUCACUUGCUGGAUUUCCCAAACAUUGUUAUCAAAGGAAGCGAGUUUCAGCUUCCGUUCCACGCUUGUCUUAAGAUUGAGAAACUUGGUGAUGUGGUUUCGAAGGCGACGGAAUCGCAGAUGGUUUUGUUCAAUGUCUAUGAUGAUUGGCUGGAGAGUGUUUCUCCGUAUACCGCCUUUUCGAGACUCGUUCUGAUCCUACGUGCGCUUCAUGUGGAUAACGACAAGGCUAAGAUGUUGUUGAAGCCAGACGAGUCUGUUGUCACUGAGCCGCAUCACAUCUGGCCCUCACUCACUGAUUUUGAAUGGAUGACGGUGGAGGUAGCGCUAAGAGAUCUCAUCCUUUCUGAGUACGCAAAGAAGAACAACGUGAACGCAUGGGAUCUGACGCUGUCGGAGAUCAGAGAUAUUAUUCUAGGAUAUGAUACAACUGGAGUUUACUAG